AUGCAUCGCCAUCAGCAUUCCCAACGACGAGUCCCCUCCACCAGGGAGGUCAUCCCGGGUGCGCCGGUCAAUAUCGUGCUCAAAGUUGACCAGCCCACAGGUCGCACCGUGUCUGGACUUGUCAAGGAUGUGCUGACCAAAGGGGAACAUCAUCGCGGCAUCAAGGUCAGGCUUGUUGACGGCCGCGUCGGGAGAGUACAGAGCAUGACAUCUUCACCAACAUCAUCAACCGCUGGCGCUGGCGGCGAUGACGCGCUACCAGACCAGGGAGUUCCAACAACCGAGUUUGACAUCAGAGAGAGAGGUGGACGUAGGGGGAGGGGAAGAUAUCAUGCUGGGCCGACAGAUUGGCGGGAAGAGGAAAGACCCUCGGAACAGGUUGGACUGGAUGCUUACAUCAAGCCCGCCAAACCAAAGCGUGGAGGAAAAAGAAGCGGGUCAGCGACAGCAACUGCGGACACUGCCCAGUCAUUCGACGAAUUCUCUGUGGCGGGGCAGCAGACAUCCACUUGUCCUGUUUGCAACAACUUCACUGGAGAUGCAACAGCCAUUGCGCACCAUGUGGCUAGCCAUUUCGAUGAUUAA